UAAUUAGACCAGAUUAUUUAUUAAAUGGUUUUACACCAACGUCGUGCUGAAAAAAUGCAACUCUGUUUCGUUUCUUCGCUUGGUUCGCUUUUCUAAAAUAAAUUCCUUUCAGUCGUCAAAUGACAGACGUGUAUCAAAGUAGUUAUGAAUUCGGAAAAAGCUAUGUCUAUGUUUAAUAAAAAACAACGAAAGUGGAUUAUAAUUGAGAAAUAAUGCAAAUAAAAUGCAAAAUUUGUUAAUGUGAUAAUAAACAGUAUAAUGCGUUUAUUGAAAGAAUUAAAAUGUAUGGAAUUACGAUUUUUUUUUGAAGAAUAAAACGUAGUUACGCUAAUACAGUGUGAAGUAAAGAAAAUUGAAAUUAAACAAAAGAGAGACGGGAAAAUUCCAUGAAAUUCGCGGAAGUGUAAAAUCAAAGAAAAAAUAAAGAUUGUUAAAUGUACUUUGAACAGUAAAAUAAACUAAUUAUAAUAAUAGAAAUUUAGACCAAUUAUUAUAAGAAAGUGAAAAAUUGUUAAAAUGUCAUCGCAAAAAAUGAAUGCGCCAGAAAAAGACUUAGAAAAGUUUAUAAAGUUUUUAGUGUUAAAAUCGACGCAAGUGGUCGUGCAAUCACGUCUCGGUGAAAAAAUUCAAACGCAAUGUAAUCCGCUAGCCACUGGUACUGACUGGUUCAAUAUUGUUAUACAAGAUCAUCCAGAUGUUUAUGCGGAAGCGAAAAAUGCGCUUGGGCUGGGCCCAGGCGAAAGUAUUAUCAAACGUUUACCAUUAUGUAUAGAAAUCUCUUUAAAAACAGUAGAAGGCGAUCAAAUGGUCUUAGAAGUAUGGACAAUUGAUUUGCAAACAACUGGCCUUAAAGACAGAAAUGAUACAAAAGGUGGUGCAACAACAAAUUCAGAACAACAAACAUUGAAAGCAGCACAUGCAAUUUAUAACAAAAUGAGCAUACUUUUGAAAUCUUUAAUCUCGUUAACCCGCGCCACGCCUGCCUACAAACUUUCGCGUAGGCAAUGCGCAGAUUCGUAUGGCAUUUACUAUCGUAUUUACGUGGACAAACCAAAGGUACAUACACUGGGUGAAGGCUACAAAAGUGUACGUAUCGGACAAAUGAAUACAAUUGUGGGCGCACUAACGAUGUCAGUGGCGUAUCGCGUAAAAAUGACAAUUACUCCAACGGCGGCACAAACUCGAAAUGGUGAUGGGAAUACAAUUAUGGUAAAAUCAGAUCAUUUUCGACCAGCAGACGCUUCACCUACGCCUCCAAUGUUGGCAGGCAAAAAAGGCAGCGGUGGUGGUGCAGCAGACCGAAAAGUAAUUGAUAUUGAGAAACCGCUACGACCUGGUGCCUUUACUGACCUUGGCAAGUUACGCCAGUACACAGAAGAUGAUUAUGUGUUGCCUGAAACACCACCCUUCGAAUGGCUGCUGCGGCGCACACGUUGUGAAAGUGGUGGAAGCAAUGGUGAAUAUGGUUCAAUAGAGUCGCUUAAUCGUAAAAGCGAUCCAAUUGCUACCUCGCCCACAACAAAUGGACACCAAAAUCUCAUUUCCAAUAAUAAUAACAACAACAGCGGCGAAAAAGUCAAUAGUAAAAAUGUAAACAUAAAUAAUAAUAAUAAUAAUGUGGCUACGUUUAAAAGUUUCGAAAAAGAUGAAAAUACUCAAAAAACAACAGCAGAGUGUAAAAAUUUAUCACAGUCACCCGUUAAAAGUUUACUUAUACCCGCACCACCAGCUACAAGACAUCAAUCAGCGCCACUUUUAUCAAACACGCAUGCCAUGGACGAUGACAGUUUGCUAAAGGAACUCAACUUUCCAUUCGCAUCACCAAACUCUCAUGUAAAUGAUUUGGCGAAGUUCUAUCGUGACUGUUAUCAUGCGCCACCACUACGCGGACUGAAUGAAAUACAGCCAGACAUGGGUGGUUGUGCUGCCGCUGCGGCUGCAGCAACGACUACUAGCGCCGAGGCAGCAGCUGUGGAUGAUUUAUCGCGACAACUGGAACAAUUCGAAACAUCAUUAGAGGAUUACGACAAACUAGUCUCGCAAUUAGGUUUGAGCACAUCUUCAUCAACGGGCAGCCGCAGCAGUGGAGGCCUACAAAUGAGCAACUAAGGCUGAGUGCAUGCGCUGUGUAAAUACACUUAUAUACAAUUGUAUAUUAUACGAUAUUGGUUACAUAUAUUUUUAAAGGAUAUUAUUAUAUAUUU